AGUUGACAGCCCGAUUGGCCGAUCCCACUGACAGCCAGUGAGGGCCUGAGGCUGUUCAUUCCUUGGCAACGGAACUCAGGUUGCAACAACUUGCAACGCCACUCCGACUCCGCUCUUGUGACUUGUCGGAUCUUCCGGCUGCAGUGUCAUGAUUGUUUGGAGCAUUAUUGCUCCAGUCGUUUAUUAUUGUUCCUCGGACCAUGAGCUUCGAUACAGCCGUCGUCCCAUGUCCACGAGCAACUAGAUAGAGGAGUAUCUGUCACUCCACAGCUCCUCCAUGGAGCCUCACGCUACCGUCCACCACGCGCCAAGCUGACGACAAUUGACCCUGAUUCCCGGACUCCAUUUCACUUCAUCACUAUGUUGAAGUCCCCGGAGCCUUGUCCUGGGCUUCCAGUAGGAUGCUUAGGCGAAGGCGGGGUCGUACCAACGACCGGAGUCACGGCAUUAUCAGCAUGCUAUUCCUCCGAGCAGGGCACAUUGGCCUUGUGAGACCUCUCCAGCGCUCUCUGCUUUCCUACUUAGAUGGUUGCACGAGACGUAUGGAACGUGCCCCCAUCCAAGCUGUUGUUCAACGAUCGUAAUUACUUACUCACUAUUGGCGGUGCUUAGGCUCGCAUCGAACACGCAUAAUGGACAUGGCGGAAACGUUUUGCAGGAAUGGGCGACGGAGAACUCGGAACUGUUAUCUCAAACGCUCGGGUGAUCCUAGGUCCAAAGACUCCAGUCGGGUAAAAAUAGCUAUAUUGGGGCUUGACUAUCAGGUAGAGGGGAAUACAUAUUGCAAGUGUUCAGGUUGGGCAGGAUCAAUUGGACCGCCGGUCCAGGCUCACCGGCGCCUCGUGGUGGUACCUCGUACUUACAAACAGAUACAAUUGCAAAACAUCUAAAUCGGGAAGCGGCCGAGCACAUUCCUGUCCGUCAUGGGCACCCUCGACGGCGACCCAUUCAAGGACCACCUUCUGGCGGUCCUCAGCCUACACGACGCUCCCGACGCUGCCCCAAUACCACGCUAUCAUGGGCCGAGCGACUGGCAGACUGACGCCAUCCUGCGAAAGAUAGAGGCGCUUAUGAUGAAGAAACCACGAAUUCCUCCCACUCAGAACGGAGACGCCGCUCACCGCAGCAACGGAAGCGGCAACGGAGGCGUACGAAUGCGACAGGGAGCUACCCCCACCCCCACUCUUAAAGAACUGCCGCCUACUGAAACCGACUUUUCCGCGAAUCGUGCUCGGCCCGGUUCACCAGAUUCGAUAUCCUCAUACAACACUGCGUCGGAGGACGUGGAACCCCCAGCGGACGUAUAUCACAACGACUUCCGCGACUUCGGGUCCAUUGCGGGUCCGCUCACUUGUCCCGCUUGCGGGCACCGACCGCUCCACCGGGUCUGGGAUCAAGGCGAAAGUCCCGGGGUCGUAGCAAAUGGUAGCGCGCUCGCAAAUUUGGUCAAGCAGGGUGGGAUGGACGCUCUUGAGGAACUCAGGCUGCUCAAAGACCAAGUACGCGAUGUAUCCCGCGUUUGUAAUGCUGUCGCCACCGGCGACUUGACCCAGAAGAUAAUUGUCCCCGUCCAAGGCGAUCUAAUGGUCCAAUUGAAGAAGGUGAUCAACAACAUGGUGGACAACUUGGGCCACUUUGCAACCGAAGUUACGCGUGUCAGUCGGGAUGUCGGAACGGAAGGGAAGCUAGGUGCCCAGGCGCACGUCGAGAAUGUUGAGGGAACAUGGCGAGAACUCACGGAUGAAGUCAACACCCUCGCCGCGAAUCUGACGACACAAGUACGAAGCAUCGCAGCAGUGACGGUCGCUGUUGCAAAGGGUGAUUUGAGCAAACAGAUCGAAGUCGAUGCGAGCGGCGAGAUCUUGUAUCUCAAGAAUACGGUCAACGACAUGGUGCUAAGACUACGGACUCUGGCUGUCGAAGUUACAAGAGUCACUCUCGAGGUCGGAAAUCAAGGCAAACUCGGUGGGGAGGCAAAUGUUCCGGACGUCGAGGGUGUUUGGUCAGAGCUUGUCACCAAUGUCAACAAGAUGUGCGGGUCCCUCACGCAGCAAGUGCGGAGUAUCGCCAAAGUGACCACGGCAGUCGCUCAGGGAGACUUGUCGCAAGAGGUCACCAUUGACGCAGAAGGCGAAAUCAGCACACUCAAGGAUACUGUCAAUCAGAUGGUGCAACAGCUCCGAGGAUUUGCAUCCGAGGUCACCCGUGUCGCACUCGAGGUCGGAACGUACGGGCAACUUGGUGGUCAAGCUGAAGUCGAAGGCGUGCGGGGAACGUGGGCAGAUCUCACCGAGAACGUCAACAAAAUGGCCUCGAAUCUUACCAACCAGGUCCGGUCCAUUUCAGAAGUGACGAAGGCUGUAGCGAAUGGCGAUCUGACCAAGACGAUGGAGGUUGAUGUGAGCGGAGAGAUGCUCGAUCUUAAGAUGACGAUCAAUGAGAUGGUGGAGCGUCUUGGCAAGUUUUCGAGCGAGGUGACGCGGGUUGCGUUGGAUGUCGGAACUCAUGGCAAGCUUGGUGGCCAAGCUGAAGUGGAGGGUGUUCAAGGAACCUGGCGAGAUCUGACUGGCAAUGUGAACGUGAGAGUUCUCGUUCGCGCCGCGAGUCUUCUAUGGCUAAUGAAAUCUCAGCGAAUGGCCUCCAAUCUCACUGACCAGGUCCGAAGCAUCUCUUUGGUGACGAAAGCAGUCGCUACUGGCGAUCUCACGAAGGCCAUCGACGUGAACGCCAGCGGUGAGAUGCUGGACCUCAAGAACACCAUCAACGACAUGGUAUCACAACUGGCGAACUUUUCCAGUGAAGUCACUCGAGUGGCCCUCGAGGUCGGGACUCACGGUGUCCUUGGUGGCCAAGCAGAAGUCGAAGGUGUGCAAGGAACUUGGCGAGAUCUCACAGACAACGUCAACCGUAUGGCCUCCAAUCUGACCGAUCAAGUUCGAAGCAUCUCGCUAGUGACCAAGGCUGUCGCAUACGGUGAUUUGGCGAAGACUAUCGAUGUGAAUGCCAGUGGGGAGAUGCUGGACCUCAAGAAUACCAUCAACGAUAUGGUUGCUCAGCUAAAGAACUUCUCGAGCGAGGUGACACGUGUUGCAUUGGAUGUCGGGACACACGGCAUUCUGGGUGGUCAAGCUGAAGUCGAAGGCGUGCAGGGUACCUGGCGAGAUUUGACGGACAACGUCAAUCGGAUGGCCAAUAACCUGACAGAUCAAGUCCGAAGCAUCUCCUUAGUCACGAAAGCUGUAGCGUAUGGCGACCUCAGCAAGACCAUCGAGGUUAAUGCCAGCGGAGAGAUGCUCGAUCUCAAGGUCACAAUCAACGACAUGGUGGCUCAGCUGAAGAACUUCUCGAGCGAGGUGACACGCGUGGCACUGGAUGUCGGGACACAUGGCAUACUUGGUGGUCAGGCCGAGGUCGAGGGCGUCCAGGGAACAUGGCGAGAUCUCACAGAUAACGUCAACAGGAUGGCGAGCAAUCUCACUGACCAAGUGCGAAGUAUCUCGUUGGUGACCAAAGCGGUCGCCUACGGUGAUCUCACGAAAACCACUGACGUGAACGCAAGUGGAGAGAUGCUCGAUCUGAAAGUCACCAUCAACGACAUGGUCGCCCAGUUGAAGAACUUCUCAAGUGAGGUUACUCGUGUUGCUGUCGACGUCGGCACAGAAGGCAAAUUGGGUGGUCAAGCCAAGGUGGAAGGUGUCCAGGGCACCUGGAAGGAUCUCACCGACAAUGUCAAUAAAAUGGCAUCCAAUCUUACCACACAAGUGCGGUCCAUUUCCCAAGUGACUAAGGCUGUGGCGCACGGCGACCUGAGCAAGACGACCGACGUGGAUGUACGCGGCGAGAUGCUUGAUCUCAAGAACACCAUCAACGAGAUGGUUGCGCAAUUGGGCAAUUUCUCUCGCGAGGUCACACGAGUGGCAUUGGAAGUCGGCACGGAAGGAAAGCUUGGUGGCCAGGCGGAAGUGGCCGGUGUGCAGGGAACGUGGAAGGAUCUCACGGACAAUGUCAACCGUAUGGCAAACAACCUCACCGGCCAAGUACGCUCCAUCUCGGACGUCACGAAAGCCGUCGCGUAUGGAGACCUAAGCAAGACCAUCGAGGUGGAGGCCAGCGGAGAGAUGUUGGAUCUGAAGAUGACGAUCAAUGACAUGGUGUCCCAGCUGAAGAACUUCUCGAGUGAAGUGACGAGAGUGGCCCUCGAUGUCGGCACCCGGGGCAAGUUGGGUGGGCAGGCCGAAGUUGAAGGGGUACAAGGCACAUGGAGAGAUCUGACUGAUAAUGUGAAUCGCAUGGCAUCCAAUCUGACUGACCAGGUCCGAAGUAUCUCACUGGUGACCAAAGCUGUCGCGUACGGUGAUCUGGCAAAGACCAUCGACGUCAAUGCUAGUGGAGAGAUGUUGGACUUGAAGAAUACCAUCAACGAUAUGGUUGCCCAGCUGAAGAACUUCUCUAGCGAAGUGACGCGAGUCGCUCUUGAUGUCGGCACACACGGUAUUCUCGGCGGUCAAGCUGAGGUUGAAGGUGUGCAGGGCACCUGGCGAGAUCUCACCGAUAAUGUCAAUCGCAUGGCCAACAAUCUCACUGAUCAAGUCCGUUCGAUCUCGCUAGUCACCAAAGCCGUAGCGUACGGUGACUUGACCAAGACCAUUGGCGUCAACGCGUCUGGCGAGAUGUUGGACUUGAAGGUCACGAUCAACGAGAUGGUGGAACGACUCGGAAACUUCUCCAGCGAAGUGACACGUGUCGCACUUGAAGUCGGCACUCAAGGUCGGCUUGGUGGACAAGCAGAGGUGCCCGGUGUCCAGGGUACUUGGAAAGAUUUGACGGAGAAUGUCAAUCGCAUGGCAUCCAAUCUCACCGACCAAGUCCGGAGCAUCUCCCUUGUCACCAAAGCUGUCGCGUAUGGCGACUUGACCAAGACCAUUGAUGUCAACGCCUCUGGCGAAAUGCUGGACUUGAAAGUCACAAUCAACGAGAUGGUGGAGCGUCUAGGCAAUUUCUCGAGCGAGGUGACUCGUGUUGCACUAGAGGUCGGGACUCAGGGUCGGCUUGGAGGGCAGGCAGAAGUGCCCGGUGUCCAGGGCACUUGGAAGGAUCUGACGGAGAAUGUGAACCGCAUGGCAAACAAUCUCACAGAUCAAGUGCGCUCGAUUUCGGAAGUGACCAAGGCGGUUGCGAACGGCGAUUUGUCCAAGAAAAUCGACGUCGAAGCCAGCGGAGAGAUGCUGGAUCUCAAGAUGACCAUCAAUGACAUGGUGGAGCAGUUGCUGAACUUCUCGGGUGAAGUGACCAGAAUGGCGCAAGAGGUCGGCACGCACGGAAAGCUUGGCGGACAGGCCAAAGUCGAGGGAGCACAGGGUACCUGGGCUGAUCUGACCGACAACGUCAACAAAAUGGCCUCGAACUUGACCAAUCAAGUGCGGUCCAUCUCUGAGGUGACCAAGGCCGUGGCAUACGGCGAUCUGACCAAGAAAAUCGGUGUCGAUGCAUCUGGAGAAAUGCUGGACCUGAAGCAGACGAUCAACGAGAUGGUGGAGCGUUUGGGUAACUUCUCGAGCGAGGUCACGCGUGUUGCACUUGAGGUCGGAACCCAGGGCAAGCUGGGUGGCCAGGCCGAGGUCGAAGGUGUGCAAGGCACCUGGAAGGAUCUGACGACGAACGUCAACAAAAUGGCGUCGAACCUGACGGGACAAGUACGCUCCAUCUCGCUGGUGACUAAGGCCGUGGCUUUGGGCGACUUGACGCGCACCAUUGAAGUCGAUGUUUCCGGAGAGAUGCUUGAUCUGAAAAACACGAUCAACGACAUGGUGUCGCAGCUGAACAUCUUCGCUAGCGAGGUCACGCGUGUCGCGCAGGAGGUCGGAACGGAAGGCAAGUUGGGUGGGCAAGCGCUGGUCAAAGGAGUGCAAGGGACAUGGAAGGACUUGACAGAAAAUGUCAAUAAAAUGGCCCUCAAUAUCACAAAUCAAGUGCGCUCUAUUUCGGACGUCACGACCGCUGUUGCUCGCGGAGACUUGACCAAGAAAGUCGAGAUCGAUGUCAAGGGAGAAAUGCUCGACCUCAAGUCGACGAUCAACAACAUGGUCUCGCAGUUGAGCACCUUCGCGUCUGAAGUCACCCGGGUCGCGCUCGAGGUCGGCACGGAGGGCAAGUUGGGCGGACAGGCGGAAGUGGAGGGAGUCGAGGGCACAUGGAAAGAUCUGACGGACAACGUGAACAAAAUGGCCAUGAACUUGACUUCCCAAGUGCGAUCCAUCUCCGAAGUCACCAAAGCCGUCGCGCUGGGGAAUCUCACGAAGCAAGUCGAGAUCACAGCCCGCGGAGAGAUGCUGGACCUGAAGAACACGAUCAACGGAAUGGUCACGCAACUCUACACACUGGCGAGCGAGAUCACGCGUGUCAGUAUCGAGGUCGGGACCGAAGGCAAGCUUGGUGGACAGGCUAUGGUAGAGGGGACCACUGGCAUGUGGAAGACUGUCACCGACAACGUGAACCUGAUGGCCCAGAAUCUCACUGAUCAAGUCCGGUCGAUCGCGGAGGUCACGAAGGCUGUCGCGCGGGGUGACCUGACCAAACAGGUCAAAAUCACUGCGCGGGGCGAGAUUCUCGAUCUCAAAGACACCGUCAAUGCGAUGACAGCCUCUUUGAGUCAAUUCUCGGCCGAGGUCACACGAGUCGCCCGAGAAGUCGGGACUGAGGGCAAGCUGGGUGGGCAGGCUGAAGUCGAGGGCGUCGAAGGCACGUGGAAGGAUCUGACAGAUAACGUGAACGUCAUGGCGAACAAUCUGACGCUGCAAGUGCGGACGAUUUCGGACGCAACGAAAGCUGUCGCUCGCGGCGAUUUGACGCACAAGAUCCACGACCUCGACGUGUCAGGAGAGAUUCUCAGUCUUGUCAUUACCAUCAACGACAUGAUUGACCAGCUUGCGAUCUUCGCGAGUGAAGUCAAGAAGGUUGCGCUUGAGGUCGGGACCAAGGGCAACAUGGGUGUCCAGGCCGAGGUCGGUGCCGUCCAGGGCAUCUGGUUCGACAUCACUGUGUCGGUUAACACGAUGGCUUCCUCGCUCACAACGCAAGUGCGCGGGUUUGCGCAGAUCUCCAAAGCCGCUUCGGACGGCGACUUCACGAGUUUCAUCACCGUCGAGGCGAGCGGCGAGAUGGACGAGUUGAAGAGUCGGAUCAACCAGAUGUUGUACGAUCUCCGUGACAGUAUCCAGAAGAACACGGCCGCGAGGGAGGCGGCUGAGUCUGCGAACAAGAGCAAGAGUGAGUUCUUGGCCAACAUGAGUCACGAGAUCCGGACGCCCAUGAACGGUAUCAUCGGCAUGACUGAGCUGACGCUGGAUAGCGACCUCAACCGCAGCCAGCGGGAGAGUUUGCUGCUGGUGCAUAGUCUGGCGCGCAGUCUACUGCUGAUCAUCGAUGAUAUCUUGGAUAUCUCCAAGAUCGAAGCCGGCCGCAUGACGAUCGAAGCGGUGGCCUUCUCGGUCCGACAAACGAUUUUCGACAUUCUGAAGACUCUGGUUGGGCGUGCGACGCAAAAAGGACUGGACCUCAUUCUGGACAUUGCCCCUGAAAUUCCGGACGCGUUGAUAGGCGACUCUCUGCGACUGCGACAAGUGAUUACGAAUCUUGUGGGCAACGCGAUCAAGUUCACGCGGGUCGGCUAUGUUGCGCUGAGCAUCCACUUUGUGUCGAUGGACGAGGACAGCGUGACGCUGCAGUUCUGUGUGCUGGACACGGGGAUCGGCAUCGCGCAGGACAAGCUGAAUCUGAUCUUCGAUACGUUCUGCCAAGCGGAUGGCAGCACCACCAGGGCAAGUGAUCAUUUUGAAUACGGAGGCACUGGACUGGGACUGUCCAUUUCGAAGCGGCUGACGUCUCUGAUGCAAGGCGACAUCUGGGUCGAGUCGGAGCUGGGCAAGGGCAGCAAGUUCUAUUUCACGAUCACAGUGGAGACGAAUCAGCAGCAGACGAUUGACUCGAUGCUGCUUAAGCUGAAUCCGUUCUCGAAGCGCACCAUUCUGUUUGUCGAUACACGCGGGGACCAGAGUGGUGUCGAGGAGCGGGUGAGCGAGUUGGGCCUGCUCCCGGUCAGGGUGCAGGACGUUUCCCAGGUGGCGGACAAGGAGCGGUGUCCACACAUCGACACCAUCAUCGUUGAUUCAUUGACUGCGACUGAGAGCAUUCGCGAGCACGAGCAUCUGCGAUAUAUUCCGAUCGCACUGCUCGCGCCGUCUCUGCCGCGCCUGAACAUGAAGUGGUGCCUCGAGAACGGGAUCAGCGCGCACAACACGACUCCGAUCAGCACCUUCGACCUGUCGUCGGUGCUGCUGUCUGCGCUGGAGAACAACCCGGUGAACCCAGCGUCGGUCGCGGCCGACGUGUCGUACGACAUCCUGCUCGCGGAGGACAACAUGGUCAACCAGCGGCUGGCGCUCAAGAUCCUAGAGAAGUACGGGCACAGCAUCGAGUUGGCGGAGAACGGCAGUCUUGCGCUGAACGCGUUUGUGGACCGGGCGCUGGCGAACAAGCCGUUCGAUGUGAUCCUGAUGGAUGUGUCGAUGCCGGUCAUGGGCGGCAUGGAGGCGACCCAGAGGAUCAGGGCGUACGAGACACAGUACGGCCUGAACAGGACGCCGAUCAUCGCCUUGACUGCGCAUGCCAUGAUCGGCGACAGGGAACGCUGCCUGCAAGCCGGGAUGGACGACCACAUCACCAAGCCGCUGCGCCGGGUCGAUUUGUUGAAUGCCAUCAGCCGGCUGACAACGGAGGCCGGUGUUUCGCGUCCGCUGCUGAAGAAGACGGCUGCGACUGCGUACAGCGACUACGUGAACAACGGCAGGUUCGAGGAGGUCGGUAUCGACGACGGGAUGGACAUGAUGGUCGUCCCGAUGAGGAAUCUGGACCACGACUUGCCCUAGACUUCUGCCCUCCCCCUGUUACCCCGUCGCGUGAUACCUGCCUUGUCUGAUCUGCUCCUGCCCCCCGCUGCUCUCCGCCCUGCCCUGCCAUUUUGUACCACCAGCCAUCCAUCCAUCUAUCCAUCUAAUUCAUUUUCUGUAUCUACUCUCUCAUUUGUACCACGUAUACGCGCAUGUUUCAUUAAUAAUAA